UGUGGCGUGCGGCUGGAGCGUGCCCAACUGCUGCUGGCCCAGUACGAGGAUGCCUAUCAGGAGCUCUGCCCAUGGCUGGAGGAGACGAGCCGGGCAGCGGGGCAGCUCUCCCUCAACAGCAUCAGCUGCGAGGCCUUCAAGGAGCAUCAGGAGCUGGUGCAGGGUCUCCGGGAGGCCAUUGCUGAACACAAGCCCCUGAUGGCGAAGCUGCAGCGUGUGUUGGAGCAGUUGGCUGAGCUCAGUCCGCAGGAGGCGUCCCCCUUCUGGCAGGGCUGGCAGGCGGCGGAAGAGCAGUACGCCAGCAUCCGGGAGCAGGUCCACCAGGCCGCGGCUGUGCUGGAGGAGGCCAUCCCUCGGUACAGCCAGCUGUCCGAGCGGAUGGAGCUGAUGGUGGAGAGCUUGGAGAGGCUGCAGAGCCGCAUGCAGCACCCAGUUGCCAUGCAGGGAGACUCCGCCUGGCUUCAGGAGCAGAUCCGGGAGAACAGCCUCCGGCUGGCAGAGCUGGAGAAGCUUGGGGUGGCUCUGGAGACCCUCCGUGGGCAGGGGGCCGAGCUGCUGGCCACCCUGCAGGCCAGUGCCAACCAAGUGAUCCAGGACCGUGUGGAGCAGCUGCUGAGCCUGUGGAAGGAGUUGUGGAAGCAGAGCGAGGAGAGAGAGAGCUGGCUCCAGGGCCUGCUGGUGCUGGCUGACCGGUUCUGGCAUGGGCUCUCGGACCUCGCUGUGACACUCAGUGACAUCCAGCAGGUGGUGCUGGAGCCGGAGGAGACCUUCACGGACCCUAAGGCCAUCCAGGCCAGGCUCGGGGCCAUGGAGGCCCUGCGAGAGGAGAUUGACUCCCUACAGAGUGAGCUGGACUCCCUGGGUGUCCUGGGCAUGGAGCUGAUGUCGUCAUGCGGAGGCCUUGACAAGCCAGGCGUCACCAAGAGCCUGGAUGAGCUCUACUCCUCUUGGAACAGCCUGAGUAAGGUGUGGGCAGAGCGUCAGACCCGCCUGGAGGAGCAGCUGCAGUCGUCAGUCACUUACCAGGAGAGCAUGAAGAGGCUCUCCAGCUGGCUGGAGGCAGCAGAGCUGCGGAUUGAGGAGGAGUUCCUGGUUGGGGGGCAUCUGGAACAGGUGAAGGAGCAGCUCUCUGAGCUCAAGGACUUCAAACGAGAGUUGUACCAGUGCAAGGUGGACGUGGAGAGCCUGCGGCACCCAGUGGGCACCAGGGGGGUCGAUGGCAAGGGCCACCCCAGAUCUCUCAGCAGCUUCCGCGACCGCUGGAACCAGCUGGAGGAAGAGAUUGUGAGGCGGCAGCAUGAACUGGAAGCCGUCCUCCUUGGCCUGGGGCAGUUCCAGAGCCAGUUGGAGGAGCUCUUGCAGUGGCUUCUGCACACCACAGAGCAGCUGGAGGCCCCCACCACCCUCAGCCUGGACCUGCAGAGCUGUGAGAUUGAGCUGGCAAAGCACAAGGUGCUGCGGAAUGAUGUCGUGUCUCACGCCCGCACGGUCCAGUCUGUGAAGGAAGCCGGGCAGGGCUUGCUGUUCUCCAGCGCGGGGGAUUCUGCGGAUGGGCUGCAGGGCUGCCUCCAGCAGCUGCUCCAGCGCUGGGACUUUGUUCUGGGAGAGAUGGAAAGUCGGCAGCUGGAGCUGGAGAACAACCUGAGCCAGGUGCAGGAUCUCACCCUGGAGAUCACAGAGCUGCUCCGGUGGCUGGAACACGUGGAGCUGCAGCUGUUCUUCUCCAAGCCGGCCUGGGACCACCCUGAGCUCACCAAGGACAAGCUGGCAGCCCACUUGGAACUGUGCAAAGAGAUGGAGUCCAAGCAGCAAACAUACCACAGCGUCCAGGCCCGUCUGCAGCGCCUGCUGGCCAUCAGCCAACCACCCCAGGCUUCUAGCACUGAGCACAACCUGAGCAUCCUGGAGCAGAAGUGGGGGAGCGUCGCCAGCCGAGUGCAGGAGAGGAGGGAGCAGCUCAGCGAAGACCUGGCGGUCAGCACAGAAUUCCAUUCCACCAUCCAGGAGCUGCUGCAGUGGGUGGAGCUGAUGGAAGAGACCCUGGGGACCCUGCCCCCAGCCAGCUGCAUCCUGGAGACUGUCACCAGGCAGAUACAGGAGCAGAAGGCCCUAGUCAAGGAGACCGAAACGCGGAGUGAGAAGCUCACCAGCCUGGAGGCAGUGGCCACUCGCCUGAAGGACAUCAGCUGGAAGCAGGACUGCGGCCUCAUCCGCAGCCUGGUGCAGACGGCCAAGGAGCGGCUGGCCAAGGUGCUCCAGCUCCUGCAGGAGAGGGGAGGAGUGCUGGAAGAGGCCCGGAAGUGCUCCAAGCAGUUCAGCGAGUCGUGGCAGCUGCUCCUUGACUGGCUGGAUGAGGUGGCGCCUGCCCUGGAGAAGACCAGGGAGGUCGCAGCGAGCCAAGAGGAGGUCAAGGGCCUUCUGCGGGAGCACAAGGAGUUCCAGAAGGGUCUGCGCAGCAAGCGUCCAGUCUACGAGGCCACCCUGCGGAGUGGACGCCUCCUCCGUGAGAAGGCCCUGUGCCCCGAUGAUGCCCAGCUGCUGGAUGACAAGCUGGGCGACUUGAAGGGACGCUGGGAUGCCAUCUGGAGCAGGGCAGCCGAGAGGCAGCGCAAGCUGGAGGAGGGCCUGCUUUUCUCCGGCCGCUUCACUGACGCCCUGCAGACCCUCAUGGACUGGCUGUACUGGGCGGAGCCACAGCUGGCGGAGGAGACCCCCGUGGCCGGAGACAGAGACCUGGUCAGCGCACUCAUGGACAAGCAUAAGGUCUUCCAGAAGGAGCUGGGCCAGCGGGCCAGUUGCAUCAAGACGCUGAAGCGCUCUCUGAGGGACCUGACACGGGCCGGCAGCAGCACUGGGGACUCCCAGUGGCUCCAGAGCCAGCUGGAGGAGCUCAGCGGCCGCUGGGAGCUGAUCUGCCAACUCUCCCUCUGCAAGCAGGAACGCCUGGAGGCUGCCCUGCGGCAGGCCGAGGAGUUCCACGCCCUCGUACACGCCUUCCUGGGCUGCCUGUCUGAGUUGGAGAAAUCCAUUAAGUUUGCCCCCCCCCCAGAGGAAGAAGCAGCUGUGCAGGAGUGCCAGAGCCGGCUGAAGGACCUGAGGCAGAGCCUGCAGUGCCAGCAGUUGCAGCUGGAGCGCAUCAGCUCCCUGGGGGAAGAGAUCCUCAGCUGCUGCCACCACCCGGACGCUGUCAUCACCAUCCGGUCCUGGGUCACUGUGGCCAAGAGCCGCUUUGAGGAGGUGCUGAGCUGGGCCCAGCAGCAGGAUGCGCGUCUCCAGGUGCAGACGGCCUCGCUGGCUGCAGAGCGGGAGGAAGUGGCUGGGCUCCUCGACUGGAUCACGGCUGCUGAGGAGUCCUUGAACCUCCGAGACCAGGACUCCCUCCCGGCGGAGAAUGCGGAGCGUCUGGAGGAGCUCAGCGCUCAGCACGCGGUGUUCAUGGAGGAGUUGACCAGGAAGCAGCCGGACGUGGAGACGGUCACGAGGAGCUGCAAGCGCAAGAUGCCCCCUGAGGUGGGGGCAGCAGCACCUGCCCCCCGCAAGGUGUCUUCCCGGCGACAUGGGGCCAGGAGACUCUCCCAGAGGGCGGAGACUGUGCCCCUGGAGAACCUGGAGCCCCAGAGCCCCCUCCUGGCCCAGCUGGUGCAUUGCUGGCAGCACCUCUGGCUCUUGGCCCUGGACAGGCAAUACCGGCUCCAGAGCGCCCGGCAGCGCCUCCGAGAGCUGGAAGAGUUUGCCCACUUUGACUUUGCUGUCUGGAGGAAGCGGUACAUGCAGUGGAUCAGCCAGAUGAAGUCGCGCAUCCUGGACGUGUUCCGGGGCAUUGACAGGGAUCAGGACGGGCGCAUCACCCAGCAGGAGUUCAUUGAGAGUGUUGUCUCUUCCAAGUUCCCCACCAACAUGCUGGAGAUGGGUGCUGUGGCCAACAUUUUUGACACAAACAGGGAUGGCUUCAUUGAUUACUAUGAGUUUGUCAGUGCUCUGCACCCCAGCCGUGACACGCUGCGGAGGGCAGCAGAUGCCGACCAGAUCCAGGAUGAGGUGAACAGGCAGGUGGCCCAGUGCAGCUGUGUGAAGCAGUUCCAGGUGGAGCAGAUGAGCGCCAACCGGUACCGAUUUGGAGAAUCGCAGCAGCUGCGGAUGGUCCGCAUCCUGCGCAGCACCCUGAUGGUGAGGGUUGGCGGAGGCUGGAUUGCCCUGGACGAGUUCCUGGUGAAGAACGACCCAUGCAGAGUGAAAGGAAGGACGAACCUGAAGAUCAACGAGAAAUACCUGUCCUCGGACCCUGCUGGGGGCAAAGUGGGGAGCAGCCAGUCAGGGCCCCCCUCCAAGGUGCUGUCACCCACCCGCUCUAACUCCAGCCUCAGCCUCUACAGCAGCGCCUCAGCCCCCAGCAGCCCUCUCCCCAGGAAGACUGUCCUGCGGAGGACGCGCUCUGGGGAUCGGUGCCUCCACGCCCGCAGUUCUCUGGUGACGGACGGGGCUGAGCUGACUUUUGCUGGAGCGGCCGAGGAGGGAGUGGAGCCUCCAGGGGGCUGGGAUGGGCCCGGCAGGAAGGACGUCUGUCGCCAGGCAGAGGGAGAGGAGGGCAGAGCCCCACUGCAGGCUUCCGAGCUCCACAGCUGCCCCCCUCACUCAGCCUAGGGCAGGUCACGAGGAUUCCUUUUGGCAAGGAAACGCCUGCCGGUUGAGCGUGCGGCCCACCCCCUUGCUCCCCACUCGGCCUCACUCCCCACAAACAGUUUCCAGCCUCUGCCUUGGGACCCACAUCUGCCUCCGCAGCACUGGCCUGUCGGGUGCUCGGGUUGCCCACCCUCUAAUUGUGCUCUCCUCUCUGUGCCUCCUUCUCAGAGUGCCAGGAGGACCCCUGCCCUGACAGAUGCAGCCUCUGCAGAAGAGACAGGCCGCCUGCCCUGUGGAGCUGGCUGCCUGGGCAAAGCCCCUCCCCUCCCCUGGCUCCACCUCCGGGAGGUGGGCUCAGAAUCUUCCCCCACCCCUCUGGGGGCGUCAAAAGGUGCCCAGCAACAGUUCUCGUGGCCAGGCUGGAGGCUGAGCAGGUGCAGUGCUCUCCCUGCCACCUCUCCCCCUCCCUGCAGUGCCGGCUGCUCUCUUGGAGGCCUCGGCAGCAGGGAUCCAGGCCACCGCUGGAGAUACACCGUACAGCCACAUGCCCUUGCAGGAGGGUGCCUCCACCAGCCCCCUUGUAGGCUCACCCAUCAAGCAGCUUCCGUCUGAGCACUGAACACACCUCCCCCUUGGGGCCCUUGCAUGCUCUGUGCCUGGCCAGCCCCACCCUGCCCCACAGGCACCUCCAGGGCUGGCUCAGCCUCUACCCUUCCCACCUACAGUGCGCAUGAGGCAGUGAGCUGGGAUUUCCCUGGAGCAGGAGACCCUACCUCCUGGAUGAUCCCACAGGAGGACCCUCUAGGUGGGGAAAGGCUUCUUUCUGGUGCUAACCCCUCUUCCUGCCAGCCAGGCACCGCUCAUGUGUUGGGGGGGUACUUGCCUGGAGUCCCCACCCCUCUCCUGGAGCUUGCAUGUUCUGCUCCCCAUCCACCUCUCUGGCCAGGCCUCAGACCUGAAGGUCUGUCAUGGUCAUGACUGCGCUCAGCAAGGAACAAUAA